AUUGUUGCAGCAGUUAUGUCCUUUACUUACUCAAGUGUUGGACUAGGACUUGGAAUUGCCAAAGUUGCAGAAACUGGGAAAAUUCGGGGAAGUCUUACAGGAAUAAGCAUUGGAUAUGUGACUCCAAUGGAGAAAAUAUGGAGAAGUUUUCAAGCACUUGGAGCCAUAGCUUUUGCUUAUUCUUACUCCCUUAUUCUUAUUGAAAUUCAGAAUACAAUAAAGUCACCACCAUCAGAGUACAAAACAAUGAAGAAGGCUACACUCUUAAGUGUAGUAGUAACAACCCUUUUCUACAUGUUCUGUGGCUGUUUCGGCUAUGCAGCAUUUGGAGACUUGUCACCUGGAAAUCUCCUAACAGGUUUCGGAUUCUUCAACCCUUAUUGGCUACUCGACAUCGCGAAUGCAGCCAUAGUUAUCCACCUUGUUGGUGCAUACCAAGUUUACUGUCAACCCCUUUUCGCAUUCGUUGAAAAAACAGCAUCAAAACAAUUUCCAGACAGUAAAUUCAUCACAAAAGAAGUCGAAAUCCCAAUUCCCGGCUUUAAGUCCUUCAAACUCAACCUUUUUCGUUUAGUUUGGCGAACGGUAUUCGUUAUCAUAACAACUAUAAUCUCAAUGCUUAUGCCAUUCUUCAACGACAUUGUUGGG